CCUAUUUACAACACUGUAGCCACCCUCUUUGUUCCAGCUGAUACCUUAAGCUGUUGCUGUGCUCUUCAGAGAGCAAGAUCGGAUCUCAGAAGUCCUGAAAGCUGCAUUGAUUAAGCACUGCUUCUUCAGUGUUGGGACCUAGUAUACAUAAUGAAACUGAAGUUCGGCAAAUGGGUGUCUCUUCUAGCUUUCCUAUUUUCAACUUGCACUGCAUAUGUCGCUACCAGGGAUAACUGCUGCAUCUUAGAUGAACGAUUUGGUAAUUAUUGCCCCACCACAUGUGGCAUUGCAAAUUUCUUAAAUACUUAUCAGCCUGAGACAGAUCGAGAUCUCCAAGUACUUGAAAAUAUCCUGCAGCAGAUCUCUAAUGCCUCAGCUUUAACAGAGGAAUUGUUCCGUCAGAUCCGAACUGUGCACGUCCCAGACCAAUCAACUCAGCCAAAUGUGGUUACAACAUAUGCUCAAAAAUCCAGAGACAUUAUUGAUGAAAUCAUCAGAUAUGAAAACACUAUUGUGGCCCAUGAAAAUACAAUACAAUUUUUGACAGAAAUUCUGAUAUCAAACCAUGACAAAAUUGCAGCAUUAAAAAAGAAGACCGCUCAGCUUGAGGCACAAUGUCAACAGCCAUGUCAAGACACUGUCCAAAUACAGGAAUUAACAGGAAGAGAUUGCCAAGAUAUUGCAAAUAAAGGUGCCAGACAAAGUGGUCUCUACUUCAUCAAACCUCAAAAAACCAAGGAGCAGUUCCUGGUCUACUGUGAAAUUGAUUCAUCAGGCAAUGGAUGGACAAUUAUUCAAAGGAGGCUUGAUGGGAGUGAAGAUUUUAGGAAAAACUGGAUUCAGUACAAGGAAGGAUUUGGACACCUGUCACCAAAUGAUCAGACAGAAUUCUGGCUGGGAAAUGAAAAGAUACAUUUAAUAACCACUCAGUCUACUGUUCCAUAUGCCUUAAGAAUAGAGCUGGAGGAUUGGAGCGGCCAAACAAGCUAUGCAGAUUAUGCUCACUUCAAAUUGGGAACUGAAGCAGAUAAGUAUCGCCUGAUGUACUCCGUCUUUGUUGGAGGUGAUGCUGGAGAUGCUUUUGAUGGUUUUGAUUUUGGAGAUGAUCCAAGUGACAAAUUCUUUACGUCCCACAAUGGCAUGCAGUUCAGUACAUAUGACAGUGACAAUGACAAAUUUGAUGGCAACUGUGCUGACCAAGAUGGAUCUGGAUGGUGGAUGAACAAAUGCCAUGCUGGUCACCUCAACGGCAAAUAUUACAAAGGUGGUGAUUACACUGUGAAAGAUGCUGGUCCAGCUGGGUAUGAUAAUGGCAUUAUCUGGGUAACCUGGCAUUCUCGGUGGUAUUCCAUGAAGAAAGCGUCAAUGAAACUUAUUCCAUUCAGCAGACUUGCAGCACUCGAAGGAGGACAGGCUGGAGGCAUAAAACAAGGACUAGGAAACCGAGGAGACAUUUAAAAAGAUAACAAAAACAACUCCAAAUUUUGUUAAUGACAACUUCAUACCUGAACAAAGGUUGAGCAUAGGCCACACUGCUGUCUUACGGAAAAUGUUCUCUGAGCUAUUGUAACUUAAUAUAGUUCUAUCUCAUUUAACUAAAAAUACACAAAUGCAGUUUCAUUAUUGCAAAAGAACCAGCUUUCUUUAGAUAUUUUAAAUAGCUUAUGUUCAAAGUCAAAUGGUCACUAGUUAAAUGGUUUUUAAAAAUGAUUAAACUAAUUCAUGAUCCAAAGCUCAAUCAAUGGCUAUUACUCAUAUUAGCUGAAUCUUUAGCUUUCAUGUUCAUGUUGUGCUUAUGGGUUUCUCUGACUCCUGGGGUUGGAUCCAGACAGCUUUUUCACUCAUUCUUGCUCAGUUCCCUUUCUUACUACACUUACUACACGUGGCUUUUGUCCAUGUACGUCCAUGAUCCUCAUAGUCAAAAACACCUGCCUGUUUUCACCUGUGGAAAGGCUGGUUGGAGCCAACCCCUGUUCUAGAUGGAACUUUGGUCCAACCAGGCUCUUCUUCUUAGGUCCACAAGUUCCUAUUAGAAACAUGUAAUUCAAUAUUUUAUCGGAAGGAAAAAUCAUAGUUAUUUCUUUGCAAUUGGAGAUGUUUAAAAGAAUUUUUCUUGACAAAGAUUUAACUUAGUUCACAAACCCUUAUGAAAUGAGAUACUGAACUCACGUACAUUUCACUUUGACUUUGAUGGUAAUGCAGGAUCUGAUACUAAAAUCAAAAUGUUAGCUGUCCUUAAUAUUCUUCACAAAUGUUAUCCCAUUUGUGAAGAAUAUUAAGGUCAGCUAACAUUUUGAUGGACAUUCACUGCCCGCAUUCUCUAUGUACUGCAUAAGCACACAAUAUUGUCAGGACUUUUUUUUGUGAUGAUACUCACCAGUACUAAGUACUGGCACUUUGAGAGAGGGGUUCUCCCAAGUCUUGGGGGGUGGGAGUGGGGGGGAGAGAAUUGAUAGAAAUGUGCAACCUUCUGUAUGAGUAUUGGCACCUUUUGUUUUACAAAAAAAAACCUCCACUGAGUAUUGUACAGUUUUGUAUUGGGUUAUGAGGGGGGGAAAAUAAAGGGCUCUCAAAUGCAGUCCUCUCAAGCAUGAAUCUUGAAGUUAUCCAGAUUGUGUUUGCAGGUUACAUUAUAGAAUAGUUUUAGGUGGUUAACCAUGUUGGUCUGCAUAGAACAGCAGGAUUUGAGUCCAGUGGCACCUUAGAGAGCAACAAUAUAUUCAGGGUAUGAACUUUCGAGAGUCAGAGCUUCCUUCUUCAGAUAUUUGAAGAAGGGAGCUGUGACUCUCGAAAGCUCAUACCCUGAAAAUCUUCUCCUGCAGUAGAGAAUAGCUUCUUUUUUAUAGGCUAAAACUGCUGGGGAUUCGAAUAGCUGUUUGUGGUGGUUGUUCAGUAUGUCUCCUCAAUGUCUGUUUCAAUAAAAAUGAACAAAUAAAAUAUAUCAAAAUACCUUCCAUGCAUAGAAUUUUGCUGAAGUUCAAAAUUAUCUUCAAACUCUCAGUUUAAAAAUGUUUACUUGUAGUCCAUGUUUAUCCAUCAUAUCGUUCAAUAAGAAAAAAAUACCCAAAAUGUACAAUGUCAUCACAUAUAUUUGACAGCUGUCAAAUGUUCCUUUAUUUAAAGCUGCCUAUGUUUUAUUGGAGAUGGUCAACUGCAUUUUUUUAAAGGCAAAUUGUUUUUUGAAUAAAACUCAACAUUUGGUAACAUGAUAAA